UUGGAACCAUUCUGGAUGCAAAAUGCAGCUAGCAGUGCAGUAGUAGUGGCAGGAUGGCAUAGAAUGAGUUAUGCAUUUCCUAAUAAUCAGUCCUUUAUAUCCAAAGAACUUGAGAAAAGCAUCAGAAAAAUACAUGCAAUUGCCAAGAAUGCUAUUACACAUGGAAAAUACAUUAUAUUUGGAACAGGCUCUACUCAGCUUCUACAUGCUGCAGUUCAUGCUCUUUCUAUGGAUAAUAAUUAUUCAACAAAAGUAGUUGCAAAUAAAAUCCCUUAUUAUUCGCUUUAUAAGCUUCAAACGGAAUACUUUCAAACACGUCAUUGUGAAUUUGGAGGAGACGCAUCCAUGUUGAAGAACAACUCAGAUUUUGCUGGAAAUGUGAUUGAGUUUGUGACUUCACCAAAUAAUCCAGAUGGAAAUUUGGAAAGUCCAGUUCUAAAUGGUCCAAAUGUGAAGCACAUUUAUGAUCAUGCUUAUUAUUGGUCUCAUUAUACAGCAAUUCCAGCUCCUGCUGAUGAAGAUCUCAUGAUUUUCUCUAUGUCUAAGCUCACUGGUCAUGCUGGAUCCAGAUUUGGGUGGGCAAUUGUGAAAGAUGUGAAUGUGUAUACAAGAAUGAUGGAAUUUAUUAGUUUGGCUGAAAUGGGUACCUCAAAGGAUGUUCAGUUGAGGGCUUUAACACUAUUGAAAGUUGUUGCUCAAGGAGAUGGCAAACAACUCUUCAAUUUUGCACAACAAAUCUUGAUGGAUCGAUGGAAAAAAUUGAGUCAUAUCUUCUCCCUUACUAAACGUUUUAGCCUCCAAACAAUUCCGACUCAGUAUUGCAUAUUUUUUGAAAGAACAAGAGAGCCAUCUCCAGGUUAUGCAUGGGUGAAGUGUAAGAGGAAAGAAGAUAAAAACUGUCAAGAAAUCUUCAGAGUUGCAAAAAUCACAGGUCGUACAGGUAGACAAUUCUUUGCAGGAGAUCGUUAUGUUCGAUUCAGCUUGCUGAGUGGCCAACAUGAUUUUGACAUGUUGAUCCAUCGACUGAAAGAAUUGAUCUCCCAAGAAUAUGAAGCCAAUGCACAAGCCAUGUCAAGUUUUUAACUAUUAGAUGAUUAUGCAUAUCUUCCCUGAGAUUU